UAACUAUAGGAUAUACUUUAUAUUUACAUGUAUAUAAAGACAAAGAAUAUAAAAAUUUACUUGAUGCUAAUAAUUCACCUAUACAACUAAUUAGUCAAAUAAAAGGUUACUUUUACGUUAACCCUUAUAUUGCUAUAAGUUUAGCUAUAACUUUAUUCUCGUUUGUAGGAGUUCCUCCUCUAAUAGGAUUCUUUGCUAAACAGAUGGUUUUAAGUGCUGCUUUAGAUAAUGGUUACGUAUUUAUGACUCUUGUAGCAAUAUUAACAAGUGUUAUAGGAGCUGGUUAUUAUCUUAGUCUAAUAAAACAAAUUUUCUUCUUUAAAGACGAUUACAAGAUAAACCCUUCAGUAAAAAACUUAAGUUUAGUUGCUUACAUCAAUCCCGCUUCUUUUUCAUCAAAUAAAGAUACAUCUAAUGGUGUUAAAGUUGAAUUUAACCCUAGUAAUAUUACAAUUAAUAGUGCAUUAACUAUAAUAUUAUUAGCUGUUAAUUUAAUCUUUGCUCCGCAUAACCCGUACGAAGAAAAAGACAGUGCCUUUGAAUGUGGAUUUCAUUCAUUCUUAGGGCAAAAUAGAAGUGAAUUCAAUUCAGAAUCAGCAACUGCUAGUGGAUUAACUUAUUUUUUACUAGGAGGAUUAUCUUCUUGUUUUAUAUUACUAGGUUCAGCUUUACUAUAUGUUAAUUCUGGUACUACUAAUUUAGAUAAUAUAUAUGUUAUAAGCAGUAUUAGUGAAAUAGAAGACUUAACUA